GCCUUGGAUAAGGUUUGGCCACAGCAGGAGGCCAGGCAGGCUUUUGCAAAUGCAAUGUUCCAUUCUAUCCCGAGGCCGCCUCUGGCUCAGGCUGUGCGGCGCAACCCAUUUGCGCUGAGCUUGCAGGCCGCGGCGGUUUUUCGCGGCGUGGGGGACAAGGGGCAGAGUGGCGGUCCCCACCCGUGCGGCAGCUGUCCGCCAGCAGCAGUCCCAUCAAGAACGGCCAUGCACCUCGCCGAGCUGGCUCGUCGUCCUCCUGACGGAUGCCCGCGCGGGUUGUCAGGCCAGAGUUGCGGGCCGUGCUCGCGGAUCAUUGGCGGAAAGUUUUGCGGCGGCUCGGCCCAGAGAUGUUGGUGCGGGCUGCGCUGGUGCUUGCACGCAGCGAGGGGCCCCUCAGCGGUUCUUCUUCGCAGCUUGACGCCCCCUGGCGCGAACAGCGCCGGCAUCGCGUGGAGGGUGUAUUGCGCCAGUUGGUGGCUUCAGCUGACGAGGGCCGCCCAGAGCUGCAGCAGUCCGACUGGGCUGCCCUGCUCUGGGCCACCGCGCGCUGCCGCGCAGCUGCCACUGAGCCGGUCCUGGGGGCGGCCGCGGACAGUAUUGGCUCUGCUGGAGCGGCCACGGCUGCCGGCACCAGUCGCGCUGUGGACAGCUUGCUGCCAAGCGAUGCGGCUCGCUGCCUGUGGGCGGCCGCCACGGCGCGCUGGCUGCACCACAGAGGCCUCGUCGAGGGCGCCGCGGCUGCCGUGCAGCAGGAGCAUGUGCUCGCGGAGUGCACGCCGUGGGACCUCAGCAACAUGGCGUGGGCGGUCGCGACCCUUCGCCGUGGGCCGCCAGAGUGUCAGCCAGCCCAGUGGAUCGCGGCCGUGGCCAGCGCGUUCGCGCGGCACGACGGGCCGCAUGCACCGCAGGCAGUGGCCAACAUCCUGUGGGCGGUGGCGAAGGCCUCAGCGCCCAGCGACGACUUACAGGCCGUACUGACUCCUGUCUUAGCUUCGUCUCUUCCGGGGCUCGGCGCCCACGGAGUGACGAGCGCUCUCUGGGCGUAUUCCACCCUCGCCGCCUGGGAAGAGACAGCGUUUCUCGACGCAGCCUGCAACCGUAUGAUCCUACUGCUGCCAGAGGCCGACCCGCACCACAUUGCACGCGCCGCUUGGGCCGUAGCUCGCCUGGGCGUGGAAGGCGAAGGAGCGAGGAAGUCACACGAAUUCUUGUUCGCUGAGAUCGUGAAGUACGUGCACUUGCGUGGCCGGGGUACCAAGGGAGGCUGGCGCAUGCGUUGGGAGGGAUUCAGCAUGCAAGGCGUCGCCAGUCUUUGCUGGUCUUUUGUUCGUGCCCUGCCCGAGCACAAGGUUACGCGCGAGAUGCUCAGGUACGCGAUCAAGCGGGUGGAAGUUUGUAGCCAGGAAGAUGGGCAGAGCGCACAUAGCCAUGCGAACCUGCUUUGGGCAUAUUCCAAGGCCGCAAGCUCUGCGUGGACCGCGGCGGAGUACCCGCACAAGCUCAUGAAGCGCCUCGUUCAGGCACUCUGUCCUCCCUCGCCGCAGCUCGAGGACAAGACUCCGCUUGCCCUCACCACAGCUGCCUCCUCCUUGGCGAGGUUGCACGCGGUGUUGGACACAGAGAGCAAACAGGCCAUUGAGCGAUGGAUGGCGUGGGGCUCGCGGCAGUGCUGCAAGCUGGGGCUGGAGCGGCUCAAGGCGUCCGAGGUGGUGGUGCUUCUCAAGGCGAUGGCGAGCUGCCACAUGCUGCACCCCCGGCUCUUGCUGCGGGGACUGCGUGAUCUCCACGGAGCUCGAGGCAGCCAGCUGCACCCGUUCGAGCUCACGAGCAUCCUCGAAGCGACAGCGCUGGUAAACCCACCCGUCUUGCCAUCGUACGUGCUUGACAUCGUGGGUGCAGCUGUACCUAGAUUCUCAUCCUUUCCCCCCCGAGACCUCAUCACGAUGCUAUGGGCGAUCAGCAGGAUACGUGCGUCGUCCAAUCACGAUCUGGAGGCCGUGUUCGUGGCGGGCACGGCGGCGCUUGCGCAGCACGACUUGAGCGCCCCGGAGGGCGCCCUGGCGCCUGGACUAGACCUUGAGCGGGGAGCUCUUGCGAGAUCUUCGUCAGGCUGCCAACUCACUGUGCGUGAGUUGAUGUGGACCGUGAAUGUUGCAAUGCCGUUGCGCCUCUUGCCAUCUGGCCACGAAGGCCCGCCGUGGCUGCUGCAGCGGCUGGUUGCCCCGUGGGAUGCGCAGCUCGCGCUCUUCCUCGAGAAUCUCCGCCGCGAGGCAGCGGCAGCGGCCCGCGCAGCUCGCGCGCGGGCGGCAGUGCAGGGCGGCGCCGCAUACCGCUUGCGCUCCGCCGUGCAGUGCGGAUCGCUGGACACGCUGGGGCCCCGUUGGACGCGUCUUGCGCUCCAUCGCCUCGGGCUCCGCUACGUCCCUUCCCAGGCUUGGGAGGCGGCGCAGCGCGCACUCGAAGGUCCAGAGGGCGGGCGGCGGCCUGCCAAAGGCGCGUGGCUGCGAGUGGAUGCCUGCUUCGAGCCAUCUACACCAGUCAGCGGGCAAAUGUCUCCGAUGCGCUUCGCCACGGAGCUCUGCGCGUGGCACAGGGGCUCCAGCGACGGGACGCCGAGCCGUGGGGAGGGCAGCUCGGAGGGGGCGGCGCCGCAGCAACCUCGCGAUGGCGGGUGCGGUCCCCUCGUGGCGGUACCUCUGGCAGGCCGCGACCGCAGCCACCACUCAGAGUUUUCUCUCCUGUCGAAGCUCGCCCAGGAGCUGCACAGCAGGGCCGGCAGCCACAGCGGCGAGUGGACUGGGCAGGUGGAGCUGUUCGCCACCGAGGAGCCCUGCCUCUCCUGCCUCGCCGCGGCUGCCCAACUCGGGCACCGGUGGCCAGGCCUGACCGUGAAGGUAGGCUACACGGGCGGCCCCGUGGAGCCUGGCUUGGAGCCCGAGGCGCUGGAGGGGGCGCCGGGGCCUGCGGCACAUCCAGGCCCUGAGUUGGAGGAGGCGGUGCGCCGUUUGCUGCUUGGGAAUCCGGCAGGACGAGGACCCGCCGCGGAUGUCUAUCUGGUCGGCACGGACCCCCGGGUGCAGCGGCUUUGGCAGGAGCUCUCUACAACGGGUGUGCGCCCUUCUGGCCCUGGCGUGGAGGGCAAGAAGCGGGAGUGGCACGAUAAGCUCAAGUUCUUCCUAUCCCACCGGCCACACGCGUUCAAGGUGGAUGGCGGCCCUGGCGGCAAAGCGGUGGUGAUCUUGCUUCAGGAAGGAGACCGCGACGACGAUAGCCAGGAGCGCGUCGCGCAGUUCGACAGGCUGGUGCAUGUUUUGGAAGCCGAGAUCCUGGAGUUGCUAAAGGCUGGCCGCGGCUGUGCCGACGACGCCGGCAGCUUCGGGUAUGCCUCUGUCGAAGACUUGGCCCAGAGGGAGAGCGUAAGCCGUGCCUGGCGACAGUUCCGGGCUGGCUCAUCUGAUAAGUUAGGGUAUUUCUUGCGGCAUUGCGAGCAUUUCGAGGUAUGGCCACCGCGCGGUCCGAAGACGCCAGAUCGUCCAUAUGCGCGGGUGCGCGCGCGCAUCUGAUCCUUGAGUGGAGGCUUGGCAGGAGGGAGGCACGUUCGUUGGACCGAUCGAUGUAAAACAGCA